AGACAUCCAGCCGGGGUAUUAGUAAAAACCAAGCCUCCCUCCAGGAAUGGCACUCGCUUGAGAGCCUCCCUGUGCUGCACGCCCCGACGCCGCUGGGGCUGGGAGGGAGAACAGGGGGACUAUUGGGAUACAAAUCACAGCCCUCGCAGGAUUUGCCCGGCACAUCGGCCAGCAAUUGAGAAGAAGGACAGCGAGAAGGAAGAGAGAAGGCUCGAGAGCAACAAUGGCUGAUGACCAAGACCUUUCAGAGGUGGAGAUGAGCCCAGUGGGCUCUGAAGACCACCACUGUCUCUCGCCAGGACCCUCCAUGGCAUCGGAAAACUCCCCACAUCUCACUGGUUCUGGGAACGGGGAGAUGGGGAAGGUCAAGAAGGAACAGCAAGACACAGAGGCAGAUGAUGACAAGUUCCCGGUGUGCAUCCGUGAGGCAGUCAGCCAGGUGCUGAGUGGCUAUGACUGGACCCUGGUGCCCAUGCCUGUCCGGGUCAAUGGAAGUAACAAGAGCAAACCCCACGUCAAGCGGCCCAUGAAUGCCUUCAUGGUCUGGGCACAGGCUGCCCGGAGGAAGUUGGCUGACCAGUACCCGCACCUCCACAACGCCGAGCUCAGUAAGACCUUGGGGAAGCUUUGGAGGCUGUUGAACGAAAGCGACAAGCGGCCCUUUAUCGAAGAGGCAGAGCGGCUGAGGAUGCAGCACAAGAAGGACCAUCCUGAUUACAAGUACCAGCCCCGUCGGCGGAAAAACGGCAAGGCCACACAGGGUGAGGGUGAAGGCCAGGUAGAGGGGGACGCUGGCGGGGCUGCUGCCAUCCAGGCCCACUACAAGAACGCCCACCUGGAUCACAGGCAUCCCGGUGAAGGGUCGCCCAUGUCUGACGGUCAUCCAGAACACUCCUCAGGUCAGAGCCACGGGCCCCCCACACCGCCUACCACUCCUAAGACCGAGCUGCAGGCAGGCAAAGCCGACUCCAAACGGGAAGGGCGUUCCCUUGGGGAAGGGGGAAAGCCACACAUUGACUUUGGCAAUGUGGACAUUGGGGAAAUCAGCCAUGAAGUGAUGUCCAACAUGGAGACCUUUGAUGUCAAUGAAUUCGACCAAUACCUGCCGCCCAACGGACACGCCGGCCACCCAGGCCAUGUCGGGGGCUAUGCGGCAGCGGCGGCUGCUGGCUACGGCCUUGGGAGCGCCCUGGCUGCAGCCAGUGGACACUCUGCCUGGAUCUCCAAGCAGCAUGGAGUCUCCUUGUCCACUGCCACCUCAUCAGUGGUGGAUUCCAAGGCCCAGGUGAAAACAGAGGGGUCCACCCCUGGAGGUCAUUACACUGACCAGCCCUCCACCUCCCAGAUAGCUUACACAUCCCUGAGUCUGCCCCACUACGGUUCGGCCUUUCCCUCCAUCUCCAGGCCACAGUUUGACUACCCGGACCACCAGCCCUCAGGACCCUACUACAGCCAUUCCACUCAAGCCUCUGGCCUUUACUCUGCCUUCUCCUAUAUGGGACCUUCUCAACGUCCCCUUUACACUGCCAUCUCUGACCCUGCACCGUCUGUGCCACAGUCCCAUAGCCCCACACAUUGGGAACAGCCCGUGUACACGACUCUCUCCAGACCAUAGGGAAUGGGAAACGGUGACCGAAGCAGGAAUGGAAAGGCUCCGAAGAAUCAGCACAGGCAGAAGAGCCUCUGAACUCCAAGGUCACUCAGUGCCCAUCCAGUCACCAGAAUGCACUGAGUAUACCGAAGUGCCUUUCUUGACCCCAGCUAUCAUUGGCACACCCGCCUUGAGGAAGGUUUAUCGUCCUUUCGCCCUUUACCACUUUCAUGCAGGCCACACGACUGGCUUGCCACACCUUAUUGGCCUUCUAGAUGAGGAGGAUUCUAGACAUGGAGUGACUGGUCUGUGGUGGGUUUUGUGUGCACCAUGGACUGUACAAUGAGAGAGACUGUCCUUUCCUUCCCCUCCCCAGAUUGCUCCAGGGAGUUAGCAAGUGUUUCCAACAGGCUACAAUGGCAAGCACUUUGUCACCUACCGCAAGUGAAGGGUGGUUGCUCAGCCUUGGUGGAUGUGUAAGAGGAGCAGUAGGGAGGAUGGCAUGGACGGCUUCCUUGCAAUCAGCAUCGUGCAGCAGUCCUGCCUAAGAUUCACACGUGCAUGAAUCUUGAACCACUUGGAAGACCAACCUACACCUGCUUCCCUGCUGAUUUCCACAGCUGCACCCCAGCUUUUCUCCCCACCUCCUCUCUCCAUCCUGUCUCUGUUUAAUCUUACACUUUUUCCAGCAUGGGGAUUUUAAGCAUGAACAGUGCAUGGGACUUGGGAACAGCAUUGUCAGUCUUAGUGUAACUCAUAUUACAGCCUGUAUGCACAUGUGUGUUCAUGAAUGGAGGUGGAGGAGAGGUGGGGAAGGACCAGUGAAUCACUACGGUGUUGUGGGUGAAUCCUCUUUUCUUAAAAUUACUCUGUAUCAUUCAUUUAUGUCAGGCAUUUCUGGCCUCUCAGUCUUUUCUAAUCUCUUCAGAAUCCCAAACAACCCCUAAGCAAACUUGGUCCUUGCUCUUCCAUGUUUGACUGUGCCUUCCUGAAAUGAAGAGGCACCAAGAAAGCUACUAUGCACUUGUCAACACUCUGAGGUGAUUCCAGUACUCUUUGAACCCCCACUCCAAACCCAGGCUGAUGGGAUCUGUGUCCCCACUCAUUUGUUCAUCAUGUCUCCCAGUCAGUCAACACCUCUCUCCCAUCUACACUGAGGAUGGAAAGAUACUCCUGUGGCUUUAAGCAAGGUAGAUACAGACCCAAUCUUGGAUGGGUGUAAAGAAGCCUAUUUAGGUGCAAAGGAAUCUAUUUUCCCCUUUGGGUUUCAAACUCAAAGCAACCAGCUCUCCCAGUCAGACUAAUCUCCUUUUUCAGUCCAACACCUGCGGACAGUCUGCUUGCUUCUCCUUUGUCACCUUCAGGACUGGGGUGGUUUGUCAUGCCAGGGAGUGAACUGGCACAAAACUUGCUGCAGGAAAAGAUGACUCCUGCCAAUUGAUCACAGAGACAUUUGUGGGACCGUCCAGUGCAUAUUCCAGUCUAGAAAGAGACUUUAACCAAACGUGGACUGCGAUGGGCACUGCUGUAUCCCUCUGCUGAUAUGACUGUCAGAUGCCUCUCCUGCCUCCCUUAGCUACAGAUGACUUAUCCUUGUGGUGUCUGAAAAGAUCACGUAGAAUGUUUGCUCCUUGUACGCAUGUAACUUCUUCCAGCCCUGUCCCCUUAUUUAUGCAAGUAGCACCUUCCUCCCUCACCUCCCUUUCCUCAGUCUCUAUGCUGUCCUAGCACCAAUAACUCUGCAUUAAA